AUGUUCGACACUCUUUUCGGCCCAGAGAAAAACACACUCAUCGCAAACAACAUCAUCCCGGGGAAUAACAGAGAUGCAUUCAACGACAACAAGUCAUCAACACCGCCAACGGCGACUAUCGCCCCAUCUGUCGAACAUCUGAAUUCCGUGCCGCCUUCAACGUGGCUGUCGGAUGAUCGAUCCAACGGCACUAUCCCUCAUGCUCGGAAUUUACAAUGGACUGUCUUUGUAUUAUCUGAGGAAGAAGAAGAUGUCUUGCCUCGACGCAAAUUGAUCGCCACGCCACAAUGCAUAUGUCACAUCGCCUUGUAG